AAAGUUACUAGAUACCCAAUGAUAUUGAAUAUUCGUAUUUUAAAAUUUAAAAUAGUCGUAUAUUUUGCUGUUCAUUGUUAUUAAGGAAAAUGUUGAAAUUGCUGGUACUGGUUUCACUCCUGCCUGCUCUAAGUUUAUGUGGUGGAUGUAAUUAUAGUUCCUAUAUUUUUCAAUGUCAAGGAAUAAGCCAAGAUGAUUUCCUAAUUGAACUGUUUCACAACAAAAAGUCAAUUUCUUCCUUAACAGAAAUUUUAAUUCAAGAUUCUUACUUUUCCAGAAUACAACCGUUUGUAGAUUUUUCAAACUCUUUAUUAGAUCCAUCAAGAGUUGCGAUUAAUUCUUUAACUAUUAAAAGCUCUAGAGUAGAUACGAUUAGUAGCGAUACAUUUAGGGCUUUUAACCGUUUGACACAACUAAAUUUAAGUCAAAAUAAUAUAACAAAUCUGGAUUGGUUAACUGAUAUUAUUAUAUCAUAUUACAAUAAUUUUAAUUUAGAUUUAAGUUACAACCAAAUUUGUGAACUUGAUUUUAAUUACUUGAAGCGAAUGUCAUCAAUUUGGUUAAACAAUAACGAAAUUUCUAUAUUAAAACCAGCUUCUGAUUACACAAACUUUUAUUUUAUAGAUUUAAGCCAUAAUAAACUAGUAUAUUUCUCUGAAUUUGAGUACAAGUUAAAUAUACAAUCGUUAGAUUUAAGUUAUAAUUAUCUACAAAAACUAGCGUUACGAAGUGAUAAAGAUCUUUUAAAAAUUGAGGGUUACGGGAAUAGUAAUAUUUCGUAUAUUGGCACUAGCAAUUCUUACAGUGUUUCUAAUUUUUAUUCCAGUUUUAUACCUAAUAAUUCUUUAUCCAUACGAAACAUAUUUAAGUUAAACUGGAUCGAUACAGAUUUGCCAGUUUUGGAUAGUAAUAAAAUACCCAACAUAGACUCAGAUAUUUUUGAUUUUUCAAAUAAUAAAUUAACCAGUAUUCCGCAAAAUUAUUUUCAAUCUGUUCAAGCUUCUGUAUUUAAUCUGAGCUUCAACAAUUUUGAUGUAUUAUCUAAUAAAGUAUUUGGAGUAAAUUCAGCCAUUGCUACUAUUGAUCUAUCUUUUUCUAAUUUAAAAAAAAUAAGUAAUGAAUUUUUCAUAAAUUGCUGUUCUUCCAAUUACUACUAUUUCGUCUACUUAAAUUUAAGUCAUAACGCCCUUGAAGAAUUAGAUGGAAUUUGUACGAGAAUACCGCAACUAAAACAACUAGACCUUUCGUCUAAUAGAAUAACAAAUUUAUCUCAAAUAUCAAUAUCGACUUGUUCAUAUUUAUCUUCGUUUAAUAUUUCCAACAAUUUUAUAACCGAUAUUCCUCCAGAAACUUUUCAAGGCCGGGUACCUAUAGAAACCCUUGACAUUAGUGAAAAUAAUUUAUUGUUCAUCAAUGAGUCAACUUUUAGAAACCUUAAAAGUGUUUUAAGAAAUAUUUAUUUAAGAAAAAAUAACAUAUCGACGAUUUGUAGUAAAAGUUUUUGUGAUUUUGAUUAUUUAAGAAUUAUUGACCUGUCACACAAUAAAAUCAAAAAUAUUGAACAGAAUGCUUUUUUGAAUUUGAAAAGUAUCGAUACAAUUAAUUUGUCUAACAAUUCAAUUGAAUUAUUGGAAAGCUAUACUUUUAACAACACUAGUGUGGAAAAUAUCGACCUUCAAGGUAACCCUAUUCAUUAUAUUAAAGAAAAAGCAUUUUCCAACUUAAAAUAUUUAAAGUCAUUAAAUCUUUCGAACAGUGCAAUAGCAAUACUAGAAAAUGAUGUAUUCUUUAGUUUACCAGCAAUCCGUACCAUAGAUUUAAGUAAUAAUUACAUAGUUUUGCUGAGUAACUAUACUUUUAGGAACUUACCUGUACGUUACAUUUUUUUAAACGGAAAUAAAAUAGAAUACAUUUCGCAAAACGCUUUUCACAAAUUAAAUAAUUUGAUAGAAGUAAACUUGAAAAAUAACAAUAUAAAAGGAAUUGGAAAAUAUUCAUUCCACUUAGUAAAUGUCGAGACGUUACUUCUUAAUUCAAUAUCAAGUCCAAUAAUCCUGGAUAAUACCGUUGAAAUUAAGAAUAUGGUAAUUCAGUUGACUGGCACAGUAAGCGAACGAUUUAUUUCAAGUGCUUUUCUUCAAAACUUAACUAUAUUAGAUUCUCAAAUAGAAUUACUAAAGAAUAAUUGCUUUGCCGAUUUGCCACUAUUAACAUCUCUAAAUUUAAUAAAUACAACAUUUGACGUUCCUGAAGAUAACAUUUUUAAUGGUUUAACGAGUUUAACUUAUUUAGAUGCAUCAACAAUAUUUCAAAAUAAAGUAUUGUUGAAGGAAUAUACAUUUAGAGAUUUGUUUAAUUUACAAGUUCUUAAUAUCUCCAAUUCUGCCUUAAAUACAAUAGAAAAUAAUGCUUUUGCUGGACUUUCACAACUACAAAAAUUGCACUUGAAAGGAAACAAAUUAACUGUUGUAAACUUAACGGCAAUCACUAACGGUUUACCCAACUUAAUUGAACUUAAUCUUAUCUCGUCAUCUAUAAAAAACGUCCAAACUUCAAAACUGGGAAAUCCGAAUAAAGUUAAAUAUUUAGACCUAUCAAAUAAUUUUAUUGAAAGUCUUGAUUUAGAAACAUUUAGAUUAUUUGUAAAUUUGGUUGAGUUGCUUCUUCAUAACAACGAACUGUCAACAAUUGAGUAUCAAACUUUCUAUUACUUAAAAAAUCUUAAAACACUGAGACUAGAUAAUAACAGAAUAUAUACAUUGAAAGUUGGUGUAUUCGCUGGAUUAGAAAAUUUAUCGUUCCUUAAUAUAUCUGAUAAUGCACGUUUGUUUUCUUCCGGUAUGUAUACCACCAAAUUUCUACCUUUGGAAACCCUUGAAAGAUUACAAACGUUAUAUAUAGAUAAUACGUUUUUAUCUAAUUUUGAUUAUACAAAUUUAAAAAAAUCGUUUCUUUAUUUAUCCAAAAUUGGUAUUAAUAACAAUCAGUUCUCAUGUGAUGAUUUAAAAAAUCUAAUAAUAUAUCUCAAAUAUAACAACAUUGACUACACGCCUUAUAAUCCAAAAUUUGAUGUAAACAAUUUGAAGGGUUUAACAUGUGCUUAACCCUAUAAGGACGAAAUUUCCAAAUUUUAAAAAUUCUUGCAAAAAAAUAUUUAAAUUCAAUUAAAUACAACAGUUAUGUGUACGACAUAUUAAUAUUUAAUUUUUAUCAUUAUUUUUGCAAAUCUAGAAGUAAUACAAUAAUUUUAAUGCAGAUAUUUAUUGGUGCAAAAACAUUAUUUCUGAAUAGCAUGACAAAUUUUAAUUAUGAUGAAAAUCGUAAAAACAAUUCGAAUUUUUAUUAAUACAUAAGUAUAGUUUAUUGUUCUGAAGCUAUUUUCUUGUGGCAUUGUAAAUUAAUUACUAUUUAUAACUGGG